AUAACAGAAAAACAUUUCUCAUAUCUAACACAACUCACCCUUCACGUCAAAAACAAAACUAAACUACGUCACUUUUUAGUAACGAACGUCACUGGUUAUAAAUGCAUUCAGCCACCGCGCAUGCGCGAAAAGCUAAGACGGCCAGUGUAUUCAAGAGACCCGAACGCACCUAACCUAUAUCGGUGCCCAACGGUCGCGCGCGAAAUAAACUUUCGUGAUUCGAAAUUCGAACGGCAAUUUAGUUUUUUGAAUUUAGACUUUUGUGUUAGUGUUAGUGAGCGGUUUUUGUUUGUUUUCAGUGAUUUUGGUUGAAGUUUGUGUUGUGCUGCCGGAAAGUCGUUGGAUUUUAAGAACCAAUGGCGACCUGACACAGCCUCCCUUGUGCUGACCAUGCGCUAUGCGCUCGCUGAACGAGACAGCAUGCGCGGCGCUGCUGGAAGACGUGCGCUGGGACGAGCCUGUCAGCCUCGUCUCUCUCGCCGUGCUCGCGCUCAUCGACGUGCUGGUCAUUGCAGGCAACUGUCUGGUGAUCGCCGCUGUCCUGUGCUCGUCGAAACUGCGCAGUGUCACAAACUUGUUCAUCGUGUCAUUGGCAGUCGCCGAUCUUCUGGUUGGAGUAGCUGUGUUGCCGUUUUCUGCCACUAGGGAAGUUUUCGAGAUAUGGAUAUUCGGCGGUGUCUGGUGCUCCGUGUGGCUGGCUGUAGACGUGUGGAUGUGCACAGCUUCCAUACUGAAUCUCUGCGCCAUCUCCCUCGACCGCUACGUGGCCGUCACCCGUCCCGUCAGCUACCCUAGCAUCAUGAGUAGAAAGAGAGCCAAAGCGCUCAUAGCUGGCCUGUGGGUGCUUUCGUUUGUCAUCUGUUUCCCGCCGCUGGUCGGAUGGAAGGAUAAGAAGCCCGAAGAAGCCGAACUGAAAGACGGCUGGUCGCCCAACCCCCACUGCCCCUGGACGUGUGAGCUGACCAACGACGCUGGCUACGUCGUCUACUCCGCUCUCGGCUCAUUCUACAUCCCAAUGUUCGUUAUGCUGUUCUUCUAUUGGAGGAUUUAUAAGGCCGCUGUGAGAACUACUAAAGCGAUUAACCAGGGGUUCAGGACUACCAAAGGAAAAGGCAUGGGCAGCAGAUUUGACGACAACAGACUGACGCUACGGAUCCACAGGGGCCGGGGCUCCACGAGGCCUCACGGAUCUCCUCUGUCUACGGCUUCUAAUCAUUCUACGAGUACAUCGCUCAGUGCCAGCCCUGAGAGACUUAGAAGACAUUCCAGUGCUCGUCGUGCGCAUGAAAAAGUCAAAAUCUCUGUCUCCUACCCGUCGUCAGAACAGAUCUGUCAGACGCACGAGAACUCCCGGUCUCCCAGUAGAUCCCCAAGCCCCUCGCUGUACGCUGUUCACUACGAGCGCGACGGCAGAGAAUUGACUGAGAGCAGACUUCGGGUUAGACCGCCACAUCAUUUGGCCCCGGGGCCGCUGUACGACGAGUUCGAUGACAAGCCAAGGGCCACGAGAAGAAUGGGGAAGAGGAAUAUAAAAGCUCAAGUAAAACGCUUCAAAAUGGAGACCAAAGCCGCCAAAACCCUCGGCAUCAUCGUUGGCGGCUUCGUCUUCUGCUGGCUCCCAUUCUUCAGCGUGUACGUCGUGAGAGCGUUCUGUGGGGACUGCGUGCCUUCCAUUAUCUUCUCCGUGCUGUUCUGGCUGGGUUACUGCAAUUCGGCUAUUAAUCCGCUAAUUUAUGCACUGUUUUCUAAGGACUUUAGGUUCGCAUUCAAGCGUAUAAUCUGCAAGUGCUUCUGCGGGCGCGCGGGCCCGCGGCGGCAGUCCGACGGCUCCGCGCGCCGCGCCGAGCCCAAACCUCACGAGACUUCGCUAGAGGAGCAGGAUAUCUCUAACAGCACGAGCAAUGACAGGUGACGUCAAACCCCGCGACGGCAAAACCCCCAAUUCCAGGCUACCGUCGCGUGUGUUUAGCAGGGACAGCGAGCCGUCACCUUCCUCAGAUAGUUUCUUGCACCAUUAUCAUUCCAGCCGAACGGCCUACUCAACAAGCUUCCUCCAAGAAUCUCCAGUACCUAAAAUAGUCAAACACGAACGAUGCUUAACGGUCAUUUUGCGGUUGUCUGAUUGAUUCGGAGCAUUACCGAGACUCCCGGCAAGAGGCUCUCGACAAAUGUGUGCAGCUGGCAUCAGAUUUUUAUUAAUAAAAACUCUGGUGAAUUACAAGAAGAAUUACAAAUCAAGAUAUGCGCAAAGAUCAGAAUCAAAAUGAAACUCUCCACUUUUUGUACCCAAAGGGUACGUAGUUUCUUCGGCCAUCUGAGCAGAACAAAAUCAGAUUGUAUGGAGACGCUAAUGAUCAUUUGCCACAUGGCAAAGAAGCGUAGGGAUGGACGUAUGAUCACGCGUUGAGUCUACAGAAUAACAUCAGAGACUAAAGCCACAUUACAGGCUAGCAUAUACCGGGUCCAAGAUAGAGUGGCUUGGAGAGCACUGGUGACGAGUGUCCACAAUCGUCACGUCCUACAGUCAUGAGGAUACGACAAAGAAUAUGAAGAAAUCUAGACAGCCGAGAAACAUUAAUAAAGUACACAAUCAGAUCGGAAUAUGAAAAGUUGGAUGCUUCAAUAAAACUUUGACUUGUGAAAAACUUGAAGUCCAAAUGAAGAAUCAAGAACUUCUUAGUAAAAGAAAUAUUGUUAAAACACGUGGAAUCUGCCCGAAUUUGUCCCGAACCUAUUCUCUACUAAGUAAAUAUUAAUGGUGAACAAAACGAAGAAUUCCGAGACCUUGAAAAUUCACUAUAUUUGAAUCCCAACAAGAAAGUUUGACCCAAAGAAGCCAUGGAAAAAACCAUAAUAAAAAUUUUAAUUUUAGUAGCUUAACGCAAGAUACACAGAUGUUUUAUAGAAAAGUCGAGAAAACAACCUUUUUAAGCAUAAUAAGAGUCAUUAUGUAAUAAAAAAAGAGUACAAAAGAUCUUGCAGUACGAGUAGAUAGAAAGAAGUUUCAAUGGAUUUAGGCUCUCAACCAACAGGGACAAAAAAAGAGAGAGAUGCUAAAGAGCUUAUCUAAUUCUUGUAUAAUGGCCUUAAUUUACAAUAGUGAAUAUUAGUGAAGGUGAUGGACUCUUAUAUGUAUUGUACUAAAGACUGUUUUAGCUAUAAAAAUAUAUAUUGUAAAUAUUUAUUGUGUGUUUGUUGGAGGGACUAAUUGGCGUGUUAGAUUUUAAUGAAAGACAGGUGGCAUCCAUAUUGAAAGUACCUGAACCAACUGGAUCUGCAGAGAAAACCCAGAAACAAAACCACGUGACUUUGUCGUUCGGCUGGAGGUCUUGUCUUAGCUUACUUGAAAGUGACAAAAGUGUGGGAUUUCUAUUACAAAACGUCAUAUUUUUCACUUUUGUAUCUGUGGAGGUAGCC